GGCCGUUACUCGGUUGCUGAAACUCUACAACUGCGGCGAACAGGAGAUAUGGCUAAACACCAACGCUCGCCUCGUUAAAGCCUUUGGCAGAUUUCUCAUCGGUUUAACAUUAUCGUUUUACUAAAAUUAAACCCUGGACCCUGUGGUCUGAUAGAAGCGCCGACCAGAUAAAGGGGGACUCUGUUGGGGGCGUUUCGGUGCCCGUUUGGAUCGGGAUGAUCUCCAACUGCGGGGGGUGAUCUCUGUGUUUAAACUGUGGGGUGGCAUCAGUAGGAUGAGCUGCCACUAAACCCAUGAAGUCUGACGCACACUGCUACAAAUACAGCAGUCGAUGCAGUCUUCCAGAGGCUCCCCCUGGCUGAAAAACCAGCAGCAACAGCAGCAGCAUGUCCCGCGUCUCCUCCACCCCCAAACGCUAUGCUGGCUCCUCCUACACCAGCCACUAUAGCUCCUACAGCCCCUCCCUGACCCCGGGCCUCAGCACCUAUAGCGAGCGGGACCGGCUGUCCACCUAUAGGUCCCCCAACUCCACUUCCUCCUCAGGAUACUCGUCCAGCUACCUGAGCAGCUCCGCCGCCCGCGGCCGCAACUACAGCGCCUCCUCGGACCCCGAUCGAGACCGGGGUCGAACUAUCCCUCGCACCGACAUCCUCGGGAGUAGCAGCAGCAGCAGCAGCAUUAACAGCCGACGGAGUGAGAGCCUCAGCAGAACCCCCGUCAAGAGCUACGGAUCUUCAGGUCUGAGUGGGGGGUCCGCCUACUCUGGCUACAGCUCCUACCAGUCCAGCUACCUCGCUUCUCCACCGUCGGCCUCCAGCAUCUCACUCAACAGAAGAAAGUCUGUUUCCCAGAGUGACCUGAGCAGGGACUUGUCCUCCCUGAGCCUUAGAGAUGCAUCCUCCUCCUCCUCCACCCCAUCCUCCUCCACCAGUGCCCUACGGAGCUACCACAGUCGAACUAAAGACGUGCCCGAGUCGUAUGACAUAGGCUCCAGAUCGGGCAGCUCGAGCCUGUUGCGGAGCUCCACUCAGGAGGCCUUCAGUAGCAGCAGCAUCAGCAGAGCAUAUAGCUCCUCGACAUGGGAACCAAGCAGCAACGGGAUGUCUGACACCCCGCGCAGGAACUCCACAAACUCAAAGAGUGCCCAAGGCCUGGUUGGAUUGAAGAACUUAGGAAAUACUUGUUUCAUGAACAGUAUCCUGCAGUGUCUGAGCAACACACAGAGCCUGCGUGACUACUGCCUGCACAACUCGCACCGCAGAGACCUUAACAACAACAGCCGCACCAACACAGCCCUCAUGGAAGAAUUUGCUAAGCUGAUCCAGAUCAUGUGGACGUCGACCAGCAGCGAGGCGGUCAGCCCGUCUGAAUUCAAAACACAGAUCCAGAGAUAUGCUCCCAGAUUUGUAGGAUACAACCAACAGGAUGCUCAGGAGUUCCUGCGCUUCCUGCUGGACGGCCUGCACAACGAAGUCAACAGGGUCACUGUGAGGCCGAGGGGCACCAUGGAGGACUUUGACCACCUGCCAGAUGAAGAAAAGGGGAAGAAGAUGUGGAGUAAAUAUUUGGAAAGAGAGGAUAGUAAAAUAGUUGAUGUGUUUGUGGGGCAGCUGAAGAGCUCCCUGACCUGCAGCCACUGUGGCUUUUGCUCCACUGUGUUCGAUCCCUUUUGGGAUCUUUCUCUGCCUAUCACAAAGAAGGGCUACGGCGAAGUGAGUCUGAUGGACUGCAUGCGGCUCUUCACCAAAGAGGACGUCCUCGAUGGGGAUGAGAAGCCGACAUGCUACAGAUGUAAAGCCAGGAGGAGGUGCACAAAGAAGUUCACAAUACAGAAGUUCCCCAAGAUUCUAGUGCUGCACCUGAAACGCUUCUCUGAGGCACGACGAACCAGCAAACUGUCCACCUUUGUUAACUUCCCCAUGAAGGACCUCGACCUUCGAGAGUUUGCCUCUGAAAACAGCACAAAUGCAGUAUAUAACCUGUAUGCAGUGUCCAACCACUCAGGCACAACCAUGGGAGGUCACUACACAGCCUAUUGUCGCAAUCCCAGCUCGGGAGAAUGGUACACCUUUAACGACUCCAGAGUAACGCCAAUGUCGUCCAGCCAAGUGCGCAGCAGCGACGCCUAUGUCUUGUUCUACGAGCUGGCUACGUCCUCACGGAUGUAAGGACUCCCGAAGGACACGGCUCCGCUUUGGCUGUCGCACAGAUGGACGGACAUUUAUAUUUGGACAUUAGUUCCUCACAAACACAUAUGAUGACUCCCCACCUAGCAGCCGAGAAGCUGCAGCUGGAGAGAACACCAUGGACUCCACAGGAACCCGAUCUACCAGCUCUGUUCUCUGUGUCUGUUCUUACUGCUGUGUCAUGCUCAUCUUGACUGCAGGCGUGUGUUUACUGUGUGUGUAUGUGUGUGUGCAGCAAAAAAACAAAAAACAGGGCAAUAACCCCAAUGCACCAACCAACCAGGUGAACCCAUGUCAGAAGUCCCUCUCUAUGCACUGCAAACCAAACUCUCAUCCUGACUGCGCCUUCAACUCUUCUUAAUCUUCUCGUUUGCCUCAGAUGAUUAAACGUGACUUCUUGCAUUGUUUUUCCUUUGAGUACGUUUGUUUUUCAUUCAGGGCAAGGGGGGUAUUAGCACAGCACCAUGAGCAUUAUUACCACUUUGAAAUGUGGUUAAACUUUUCUUAGAGCGACUGGAACAGAGAUGGUUAGGGUUACAGCUGCUUGGUUCUCCCACAGCGCCCCCUUUUUCCCUCCCACUGCACUGCAGCACUCCCAUGACUAUCAGCAUCUUCUUCACUUUGUCGCUAACAGCGGUCGGGAGGGCCGGAGGCUCUGUGAGCGUUAAAUGUUUCACUUGUAUUUUAUUUCUUUUGUUUCUCCCACGUGUGGCUGCUACUGAUGCUUUACAAAGUGCUGUGAAUGAAUGGACGGAUGGACGGUCCAGUGAAGCUCUCGCAAGGAUUGGGUCAUGGAAACAAUAAUAAUGGUAACAAUCCUCAUCAACAGGGAUUGGCUCUUUUCUUCCUCUCUUGUUUCAUACCAUUGAACAACACAGAAAGAAUGUUUUCAAGAAGACGAAACACUAGAUCUGUAUAUUUUUAUAUCUUGAUGCAAUAUAGAGAAUGUACUAUUCAAUGGUGCUGAAAAUGACCCAUAACUGUUUUCAGUUGGUUUAUUUACCAGGUUUCAAGAGAGAAAAAAAAGUUCUUAUUUAUGCUUACAAGUGAUGAUGUGAUGAGUCACACUUUUUAACAGUGGCAGUAGUAUAUAAAUACAUAUAUAUAUAAAUAAAAGUCGACAACACAGUGGUUUUA